GGUUAAAGCGGCGGCGUGACGUGUUCCGGUCGGCUCCGCCCCACGGGGUCGCCCCGCAGGAGCUGUCAGCGGCCCCGGCUCCGGGUGGCCAUGGCAGGGCUGCUGCAGGCCCUGGUGGGGGCCUCGGAGAAGGCUGCCCACAUCGCCCGGCUGUGCCGCGGGGAGCAGCCUCUCUUCCAGCUGCUGGUGGCAGAGAAGAAGGGCACCGACAGGAACAGGAGGUUCCUGCGGGACUUCAAGACCCUGGCAGAUGUCCUCAUCCAGGAGGUCAUCAAGCAUGACCUGGGCAAGGAGUUUCCAGACCUGCGUGGCCACAUCCACGGCGAGGAGUCCAACGAGUUCCAGACCGGGCAGGGGGACACGGUGACCGUGCAGGUCUGCGCCAGCCCCGGGGACACGGCGGCUCUGCUGCUCUCGGUGCUGGAGCCCGAACGGGAGGCUGCGGAGCUGCUGGCGGCCGCGGUGCACCGGGAGGUGGUGCUGAGCGACGCGGAGCUGGCAGGCGUGGAGCUCGGCGUCCACCCCCGGGACCUGGCCGUCUGGAUUGACCCCAUCGACUCCACCAACGAGUACAUCGCGGGGCGUGAGGAUGUGACCCCCCUGGAUGGCAUCGCCCCGGGGGGGCUGCGCUCGGCGCUGGUGCUCAUCGGGGCCUACGACCGCCGCACCGGGAGCCCGGUGCUGGGGGUCAUCAACGAACCCUUCUUCCAGCGGGACCCCCAGAGCCGCAGGUGGCAAGGGAGGUACCACUGGGGGGUCGCCUACGGUGCCACUCGGCUGUCCUCGCUGAGCGUCCCCCCCCCGCGCCCCACUCCCUGCGUGGUGCUGAGCCGUGCGGAGGGGGCUGCGGUGCGGGGGGCCCUGGAGCCCCUCUGCGGGGGCCGCCUGCGGUUCGCCGCCGGGGCCGGCUACAAGCUGCUCUGCGUCAUCCUGGGGCUGGCAGAUGCCUACGUCCUGUCCGAGGGCACCACCUUCGCCUGGGACGCCUGUGCCCCCCAUGCCAUCCUGCGGGCCCUGGGCGGGGGCGUGGUGGCCCUGGCGGAGGCCCUGCGGGCACGGCGGGAGGGGGACGCGGGACCCCCGGCCGAGCUGGUCUAUAACCGGCCGGUGGAAGGGGCGGGGGGAGCCGAGCGCUGGGCCAACCGGGGGGGGUUCGUGGCCUACCUGCACCCCCAGCACCUCGAGGCCGUGUUGGCAGCGCUGGGCACCGUGCCCGGGCUGUGAGCCCACAGCAGCUGG